AUGUCGAACGUUCACUUCCCUUACUCCAAGGCGCCUUUGCGCACCAUCAAGGAGAUUCAGUUUGGUCUCUUCGCCCCCGAAGAGAUCAAGCGCAUGAGUGUCGUCCAUGUCGAAUAUCCUGAGACGAUGGAUGAGCAACGUCAGCGGCCUCGGACCAAGGGUGUCAAUGACCCCCGACUCGGCACCAUCGACCGUCAGUGGAACUGCGAAACUUGUGAAGAGGGACCCAAGGAGUGUCCUGGACACUUUGGUCAUAUUGAACUGGCCUCUCCAGUCUUCCAUAUUGGUUUCGUGACCAAGAUCAAGAAGCUUCUGGAGACCGUGUGCCACAACUGUGGAAAGAUCAAAGUUGGAGCGGAUAACCCGAAGUUUUUGGAGGCCAUCCGCCUACGAGACCCGAAACGACGCUUCGAUGCUAUCUGGCGCGCUUCCAAGGAUAUCAACAUUUGCGAGACCGAUCCGUCCCCCGAUGAUGAUGAACCCCAGAAGGAGGGCAAGAAGCGCUACUUCCAUGGUGGUUGUGGUAACGCCCAGCCUACUGUUCGUAAGGAAGGUAUCACUCUUGUGGGUACCUGGAAGCCCAGCAAGAGCAUGAUGGAAGACGAUAUGACUGCACAGCCCGAAAAGAAGGUUAUCACUCCCGCGAUUGCCUUGAACAUCUUCCGCAACAUCUCCCACGAAGAUGUUCGAAUCAUGGGUCUGAGCAACGACUAUGCUCGCCCCGAGUGGAUGAUCCUCACCGUUCUCCCCGUCCCGCCUCCAACUGUUCGCCCCAGUGUUUUGAUGGGAGCUACCAGCGGCUCCCGUGGUGAGGAUGAUUUGACUUACAAGUUGGCUGAAAUCGUGCGUGCCAAUCAGAACGUUCAGCGUUGCGAGCAGGAAGGUGCGCCAGAGCACGUCAUCCGUGAGUUUGAGUCACUGCUGCAAUACCACAUUGCCACAUACAUGGACAACGAUAUUGCGGGUCAGCCCAAGGCUAUGCAGAAAGGAAACCGCCCAGUCAAGGCUCUGCGAAGCCGUCUGAAGGGUAAAGAGGGUCGCUUGCGUCAGAACUUGAUGGGCAAGCGUGUCGACUUCUCAGCCCGUACUGUCAUUACAGGUGAUCCUAACUUGUCUCUCGACGAAGUCGGUGUGCCAUAUUCGACGGCUAGGAUCUUGACUUACCCCGAGGUCGUCACUCCGUACAACAUCGAAAAGCUGCAACGGCUGGUCUCCAAUGGACCCAAUGUGCACCCAGGUGCUCGGUACAUUGUUCGAGACACUGGCGAGCGAAUUGAUCUUCGCCACGCUAAGCGUGCUGGCAACCAGCAACUGUUGUACGGCUGGAAGGUCGAACGCCAUCUCGACAACGGCGAUGUAAUCCUUUUCAACCGACAGCCUUCUCUGCACAAGGAGAGUAUGAUGGGUCACCGUGUCCGCGUCAUGCCUUUCUCGACUUUCCGCUUGAACUUGUCGGUCACGUCGCCUUACAACGCCGAUUUCGACGGUGACGAAAUGAACUUGCACGUUCCGCAGAGCGAGCAAUCGCGCGCAGAACUGGCUGAGCUUGCUCUAGUUCCGAAGAACAUUGUGUCUCCUCAGCGUAACGGCCCUCUCAUGGGUAUUGUGCAGGACACCCUGUGCGGUAUCUACAAGAUCUGCCGUCGUGAUAUCUUCCUCACCAAGGAUCAAGUCAUGAACCUCAUGCUCUGGGUUCCUGACUGGGAUGGUGUCAUUCCUCCUCCUGCAAUCAUGAAGCCUCGUCCCCGCUGGACCGGCAAACAAAUGAUUAGCUUGGCUUUCCCCUCUGGGCUUAACCUUGUCCGUGUUGACAAGGAUAGUGCGCCGAUCUCCGAGAAAUUCAGCCCUCUCAAUGAUGGUGGCCUGCUCAUUCAAGGUGGACAGUUGAUGUACGGUAUGCUCUCCAAGAAGACCGUCGGUGCCAGUGGUGGUGGUGUCAUUCACAUCAUCUUCAACGAGUAUGGAUGUGACACCGCAGUCAAUUUCUUCAAUGGUGCCCAAACCAUCGUCAACUAUUGGCUGCUGCAUCAUGGUUUCAGUAUCGGUAUCGGUGAUACGAUUCCCGAUCGCAAGACCAUCGAAAAGAUUGAGGAAGCUGUCCGGGAGCGAAAGCAGGAAGUCAUGGAUAUUACUGCCAGUGCUACAGAUAAUACCCUGGAAGCGCUGCCCGGUAUGAACGUCCGUGAGACAUUCGAGAGCAAGGUCUCUCGUGCUCUUAACAACGCUCGUGACGAGGCUGGUGCUGCCACCGAGAAGGGUUUGAAGGAUCUGAACAACGCUAUCCAGAUGGCCCGUUCUGGUUCCAAGGGUUCGACCAUUAACAUUUCCCAAAUGACUGCUGUUGUGGGUCAGCAAUCCGUCGAGGGCAAGCGCAUUCCCUUCGGAUUUGCGUACCGCACAUUGCCUCACUUUACCAAGGACGACUACUCUCCGGAGUCUCGUGGCUUCGUCGAGAACUCGUAUCUGCGUGGCCUGACUGCCACCGAGUUCUUCUUCCACGCCAUGGCUGGUCGUGAGGGUUUGAUCGAUACCGCUGUCAAGACUGCCGAAACUGGUUACAUCCAGCGUAAGCUAGUCAAGGCACUGGAAGAAGUCAUGGUCAAGUACGACGGUACCGUCCGUAACUCGUUGGGCGAUAUCAUCCAGUUCAUCUAUGGAGAAGAUGGUUUGGAUGGUGUUCACAUUGAGAACCAACCUGUUGACAUUAUCCGAUGCUCCGACGAGAAGAUGCGUCAGCGCUUCCGCGUUGAUGUCAUGGAUAACGAGAUGUCUCUUGGCCCCGAGGUCCUAGAGCAGGCCAACGAGAUUGCCGGUGAUAUCGAGGUCCAGCGCUACUUUGACGAAGAGUGGGAGGCCCUGCUCGAGUCUCGCGCAUUCCUCCGUACUGUGGCCAAGGAGGACGAGGAGAUGAUGCAGCUCCCUAUCAACGUGCGCAGAAUUUUGGAGAUGGCCCGGUCGACCUUCCGCAUCCGCGAGGGUACCAUCAGCGAUCUGCACCCUGCCGAGGUUAUCCCUCAAGUACAGGCUUUGCUUGACCGCCUGGUCGUCGUUCGUGGCGACGAUCCUAUCUCCAAGGAAGCUGAUUACAACUCGACUCUCCUGUUCAAGGCGCAGCUUCGGUCUCGCCUCGCCUUCAAGCGAUUGGUUACGGAGUACUCGCUUAACAAGCUUGCGUUCCAGCACGUUCUCGGUGCCAUUGAGAACCGUUUCGCCCGUGCUGCCGCUAAUCCCGGUGAGAUGGUCGGUGUGCUUGCAGCACAGAGUAUUGGAGAGCCCGCUACCCAGAUGACACUCAACACCUUCCACUUUGCUGGUGUGUCGUCCAAGAACGUUACUCUGGGUGUGCCUCGUCUGAAGGAAAUUCUCAACGUGGCAACCAACAUCAAGACUCCGUCCAUGACCGUCUACCAGGAAGGUGACAACACCUACCAAAAGGAGGGUGCCAAGCAGUUGCGAAGUCUCGUCGAGCACACCAGCUUGCGAUCCGUCACCGAGGCUACCGAGAUCUACUACGAUCCGGACAUCCAGUCUACUGUCAUUGAGAAUGAUCGUGAUAUGGUCGAGUCCUACUUCAUCAUCCCCGAGGAUGUCGAAGGAGAUCUGGCCAACCAAUCGAAGUGGCUGCUUCGCAUUGUCCUCAGCAGACCCAAGCUGCUCGAUAAGGGACUUACUGUUCAGGAUGUUGCCGAGAAGAUCAAGAAGGCUUACAAGGACGACAUUGCUGUCAUUUUCAGUGAUAACAACGCCGACGAACAGGUCAUCCGUAUUCGUCAAGUCCAGACUCACAAGGAUGAUGAUGACGAUGACGACGUUGAGUACGAUGUGACUCUCAAGAAGCUUGAACAGCAUCUGCUUGACACGCUUACUCUUCGUGGUGUCCCCGGCGUGGAGCGUGCUUUCAUCAACGAGAGAAGCAAGGUCCGCGUCACCGAGGAUGGCGCUCUGCUCAUGAGCAAGACCGACCCUCUUUGCAAGGACUGGGUUCUUGAGACCAGUGGCUCUCAUCUUGCGCCAGUACUCUCCAUUCCUGGUGUUGACGCUACUCGUACCUACUCUAACCAGUUCAUCGAAAUUUUCGAGGUCUUUGGUAUCGAGGCUGCCCGUACUGCUUUGCUUCGCGAGUUGACCCAAGUGUUGGCUUUCGACGGCUCCUAUGUCAAUCACCGUCACUUGGCCCUCCUAGUCGACGUCAUGACCGUUCGGGGUUACCUGACUCCUGUUACUCGUCAUGGUAUCAACCGUGCCGACAAUGGUGCUCUCAUGCGUUGUUCGUUCGAGGAGACAGUCGAGAUUUUGUUGGAGGCUGCUGCUUUCGGAGAACUCGAUGACUGCCGUGGCGUGUCAGAGAACCUGAUUCUUGGACAGAUGGCCCCCGCUGGAACGGGAGAGUUCGACGUUUAUCUGGAUCAGAACUUGCUCAACACGGUCGUUUCAAACAACGCCCGCUUCGCUCUUAUGGGCGGAGUUGGUGCCAAGGACGCGAUUAUCUCUGAUGGUGCUGCCACCCAGUACGAUAGUGGCUCGCCUAUGGCCAGCUCGCCGUACAUGAUCGACUCGGAUCCCGACGCAAGCUUCUCGCCUAUUCGACAGGGUGGUGCCGAGUCGCCCGGAGGCCUUUCCAAGUACCAGCCCUCGGAUGGCUUCGGUGCAUUCAGUCCCGGUGCUCGUAGCCCUGGCCAGGUCUAUUCCCCGACCAGCCCCUUCAACACCAGCAUGGCCUCUCCAAGCUGGUCGCCAUCCUCGACUGCCUAUUCUCCCACGUCUCCUGGUAUUAGCAGCCCUGGCUUCACUUCUCCUCGCAUGUCGCCAACGUCGCCAUCGAGCCCGCAGUUCGUGAUCACAUCUCCGGCUUACUCGCCUUCGUCGCCUGCUGGGGCGUCUCCAUCGUACUCCCCUACCUCGCCGACGUACAGCCCGUCGUCACCCAACUUCAGCCCGGCCUCGCCAGCCUUUAGUCUGACAUCUCCCGAGUACAGCCCUACUAGCCCUGCGCUUGGUGGCGGUCGGCACUUGUCUCCCACUUCGCCCGCCUCCCCGACCUCUCCCAAGUGGAGUCCUACUUCUCCUUCUUGGUCUCCCCCUCAACCUGAGGCAUACUCGCCGACGUCCCCCAAAUUCUCUGGCUCUCCGACAUCGCCCGCGGCUGCCUACAGCCCGAGCUCGCCGGAAUUCCAUAGUCCGACGUCUCCGCGCCAGAAGUGA